AAGACUAGGCUGAGCGCAUGUGCGAAAUAACGAAUAUUUAGGAAAGCUAUGAAAAUUAGAAAAAGGGAAGGCUUGCCGAGUCCUUAUUUCAAUUAUUCACUGCCUCUCUUAAAAGGAUUUAUAAAACCAACCUAGAAUACUUUCAAGACUUGAGUCUAACUUACUCAUCACACCCGUGCCAUGCAUGCACACUUUCAUUCAUUUUACGUGGAGAAUUGGCAGAAGACGGGGUUGGGAGCGCACCGUAAUCGUAGGAAGUGCAUUGGCAUUAGAUUUUAGAGUAGACUUGAGUUUGUGUCAGGGAAGGACGGAGCUUAGCCUGGGAAAAUGUCAUCAGCGCUUGAACAAAUUCUUCUGAAACUUCUUGUGCCUGACAAUGUGGUAAUACAACAGGGCACAGAAGAACUGAAGCAAGCUUUGAAGAGCCCUGGCGUUGUGCCAGAGCUAUGUUCUGUCCUUACGACGUCUCAAAACCCACAGGUUCGACAAUUUGCAGCUGUGCUUCUGAGACGGCUGGUCCGAAGAUGGAAAAAAUUCUCUCCAGAUUUCCACAUUAGCCUGAAGCAAAUUUCAUUGCAAGUUUUGCAGCAUGAAAAUGAGAGAGUCGUUCGUAAUAGCGUGGCACAGCUGGCUGCGGCCAUCGCACGCUAUGAGCUUGCUGAUCAGAAAUGGCCAGAGAUUCUACAAUACAUUCAGGAAGGUGCCACCAAUCCUAACCCACAACAGAGGGAGCUCUCGAGUCUUCUCCUGAGUUGCAUCGUGAGUACGUCCGCCAACCACCUGAGGCCUUUCUACAAGGGACUCUUCCACAUGUUUGAUACAAUGCUUGUAGACACUCAGAGUAAAAAUGUUCCCUUCUAUGCAGUGAAGACUAUGACAGCCUUGGUUCACUACACAGGAACAGAUGAAAUACCCCUGUUCAGACCACUGAUUCCAAAGGUUUUAGCAGUCAUUGAUGAGUUGCUGGUCAGGGAUGAAGACCAGGGAUGCGAGGCCAUGGAGGUCUUCGAUGAACUUGUCGAGUGUGAAGUAUCCAUCAUCGUACCCCAUCUCAAAAGUGUUCUGGAGUUCUGCUGCCAAGUAGCCAGUAACGGAAACCUUGGCAACAAUGCCCGUGUCAAAGCCCUGUCUUUCAUCAGCUGGUUAACGAAGUUAAAAAAGAAGACUAUCUUGAAGAACAAAUUAGUCAUGCCUAUUUUGAAUAUUCUUUUCCCGAUUAUGUGUGAGCCAACUACUAAAGAAGAGGAAGAUGAAGAAGAGGAUGACAAUGGAGAGGAGGUAGAAUCUUCUUCGCCAUCAUCAUAUGCUGCACAGGUCUUAGACACCAUGGCAUUACACCUUCCACCCGAUAAGCUAGUCCCCCAUCUGCUGCAGUUAGUACAGCCAGCCUUGGAGAGUGAAGACCCUUAUCAUAAAAAGGCUGGACUCGUGAGUCUAGCUGUCUUGGCAGAGGGUUGUGCAGAUUAUGUUUGUAAAAAACACCUUGAGCAGUUCUUGGAGAGCAUCUGUAAUGGCAUUCGUGACACCAGACCUCUAGUCUACAAUGCGGGCCUGUUUGCACUAGGUCAGUUUUCGGAACAUCUCCAGCCCGAGAUAUCACGCUACCACAAUCAGCUCCUCCCCCUUCUGUUCGGUUACCUCGCCCAGACGUCAUCCCAGAAUGCUGAGCAGAGGCCAAAGGGCAUCACAAGGAUAUACUACGCCCUUGAAAUGUUCUGUGAGAAUCUAGGCACGGAACUGGUUCCAUACCUACCUACCUUAAUGGAACACUUACUAACAAUGCUGCAUAAUGCACAAGAUGUCCAAAUCAGUGAACUAGCCAUUAGCGCCAUUGGUGCUGCUGGAAAUGCUGCAUCUGAGCACAUGUUACCUUUCUUUCAUCCUAUCAUGGAGCAGCUGAAACAUUAUCUAACAAACGUCCACUCGGGAGACUCACUUAUACUCCAGAUACAAUCAAUAGAUACCUUGGGUGUUCUAGCAAGAAAGAUUGGUAAAGAGAACUUCAUGCCCUUGACAGAAGAGUGUAUACUACUUGGUCUCAAACUUAUAGACCAGGUCAAUGACCCCGAUCUUAGAAGAUGCACGUAUAACCUCUUUGCAUCCAUUGCAUCCGUCCUUGAAGAGAACAUGUCAAACCAUCUUCCUGUUAUCACCCAACUCAUGCUAGACUCAUUAAGGUCGACAGAUGGAGUUGUACCCCACUUUGACGAGGAAGAAAGUCGAGUGCAGAGUCUGUUUGAGGAUAUCAAUGGUAACGGUGCAGAGGGCGAAGAAGAUUUUUCAGAUACAGAGGAUGAAGACGAGGAUGAUGAUGAAAUCCAAGGGUACAAUGUAGAAAAUUCAUACUUAGAAGAAAAGGAAGAUACCUGUAAUGCUAUGGCAGAGGUCGCACUUCAUACAAAGGCAGCUUUUCUCCCAUUCAUAGAGGAAUGCUAUAAUGAGGUGUAUCGGCUGAUGGACUACCCAGCCCCUGGUAUCCGCAAGGCUGCAACUGUGUGUUCAGGUCAGCUGUGCUGUACUCUAGGACAAUGUGGAAAUAUGACCGUGUCGUCACAAGCAGAUGUGCUCUCAGAGAUGCUAGAGCAGGUUGUGCCUCACUUUGUGGAGAACAUCGACUCUGAUAGUGAGAGGUCGGUUGUCAUAACAACGCUGGAAGGGAUGAAGGAGUUACUGGAAGCCAUCGGUCCAGAGGUUGUCAAACAUUCCGAGUUCUUCACCGCUAUCACAGGGUCAAUCAAGAACGUUCUACAACAGAAGACUGCUUGCCAGGAUGAAGACGAGGAGGAGGAAGAGGAAGAUGAGGGUGAGCAGGCAGAGAAGGAUGCGAUCCUCGUGGAAUGCGCUGGUGAUCUCAUCCCGACCAUCAUCAAGGCAUUGGAUGGCAAGCAAGACGUAGCGGUCUCCUUGGUUACGGAGAUGCUUCCAUUACUGGUUUCCAGGACGAAAAAGAGCUGCCCUUCAUCAGACAAAUCAUUUGCUUCUGGAAUCCUUGCUGAGACUGUGUGUGCCAUGAAGGGAGGAAUUGCUCCCUUUGCCGAGACCUUCUUGACCAUCUUCAUCCGUCUCACCCAGGAUAGCGACGAGGAAGUCCGGAGCAACGCGGUCUUUGGUCUGGGUGUCCUGGCCGAACAUGGCAAAGAUACAAUCUACCAACAUUUUUCCAGUAUUCUUCGUAUCCUAUCAGACGUAAUGGGACGGGAAGCCAACGGACGUGUCAUUGAUAACGUGUGUGCCAGUGUGUGUCGUCUCAUCACAGCCAACCAUACUCUAGUUCCCGUUGACCAGUUGGUGCCGACUCUCCUGAAGUACCUCCCUCUCCGUGAGGACAUGGAGGAGAACUCUACGGUCUAUUCUUGCCUUGGGAAGCUGUAUGAAGCCAGUCAGGUCACCCUAGUCCAAUCUCUCCCACAACUCCUCAACAUCUAUGCACAGGCACUAACCACGCAGGAAGUCAGCGACGAGGUGAGACUGACCAUGGUUCAUACCCUUCAGCUUGCAAAGAGCAAGCAACCGGACGAGUUCAGUUCCAGCGUAUCGACCCUCCCACCGGAAGUCGUCAAUCUCCUCAGUAACCUCCUCAUGCAAGCCACUUAGAGAUGAUCCAUCUUCAUUUACACAUACCGCAUUGUGUAAUUACACGUUUGAUUAUCGAAAUACAACGCACACAGUGAUCAAUACGAUGCAAUGCGCAACGUAGCGCGUAGUGAUGAGGCCACGAAGAGCUACAUGCACGUCGCAUUUCUAUGAUCAAACCGAUCUUAUGUAGCGAGACCCCAUUGUGAUAAAAGUGAUGUGAUUUGCGCAAUCACCUUGUAUUUAUGGGGGAGAGUAGGUAAUGAUAAUUAUAUUGGAUGGCUUUAUUUCAUGGAAUACCAGAGAUGUUCCACUCGUUGGGGCCAAUGUUGCACUCAUCUCUCACUUCGUGAAAUAUUUUCCCUAACUCUUGGAAUGUCUCUGGUAGCCCAUCCUGAGCCGUCCAAUAUGAUGUAAUUUUAUUCUAUUGGACUUCAGUAAGUUUCAAGGUUUCAAAACUUCUGCAAUGUCUCUUUCUAUCAUUAAAACAAAUGGCAAAACAAUGACAAUUAGUCCAAAUGGACGUAUAAGGCUGUAAUGAUUGUACCAAGUGAUACCACUUAGUAAAAGGAGUCGCGUUUAAUCGAAAUAACUCUAUUAGGCUUGUUGGUUAUACACACAGGGCCCUUUAAUUAUAUCACUUUUUUUUUUAAUCAUUCCCUUUCGAAAUGCAAGUGGAAAUAUAGAAAUGUAAAAGCGUUAAUUGAUAUUUUCUAUCUUUCUUUUUCUAAUCAAAUGACAGUGACUUUCCUUGCAAAUAUGUGUGGAAAGUACCAUACAGUAAACAUGCUAUUUGGGUAGGUGAAUUGUGAACAAUCAGUGGUGGAACCAGGCAGGGGCGGAACAGGCACACGCCCCCUCUAUAUUUUUGAGAAUUUGCCCAUCGAACAUACAUGCAUUAAAUAAUAUAGCUAAAUCUAAGAAAUUUGCAAUUUCCGCCCUCUCUAUUUCAAAAUCCUGGAUCCACCUCUGCUGUCGAUUUGUAUAUUAUGCAAACAUUUUGAUGUGAGAUUGGGUGAGUGUGUGUGUAUGUGAAAAAUGCUUACUUCUGAAGUAAAAUGUCAUUAUUUAUGCAUGUGCAAUAUGAUAGAUAUUAGAUGGUGUAUUACAUUUAGUUUAAAGGCCAGUUUCAGUGAGUUGAACGUUUGAGUACUUGCCCGGUAUUAGCUAUGUACAUGUAAAGUGGGUAAGUCUCCAGUCUUUGAACCACAAGGUCCAGAGUUCAAAUCCCACCUCGGGACUUGCAUCCUUUAGCAUUCAUUUGCCCUUUUAUAAAUAAAUUAAAACUAAAAUGGUAUUGAAUAACACAUGUUUGGGAUAACGUAAUCUGAAAAAAAUUGCCUCAAUAUGGGCGACUUUUUUACUUUCAGGUUAAUUUAUGCAUUUACAAUGAUGAUACUGCAUAAAACAGCGAAUGAAUAGUGUGGGGUAAAGGGAUGGAUAGCCUGCCCAAAUCAAAUGCAGAUCUUGUAGAACACUUUGGUUUGAAAACAUAAAUUUGGAACCAUACACGUGGGCAUUAUAUUAUCUGUAGGGCAAGUACUCAAGUUGAUUCCCCCUACUUUCAACAUCAUCUCAGUAAACAAACUUAAAAGGGCUAUCAGGUUGUCAAGAAGUCUAUGUACAUAGAGUUGUAUGUCGGCAUGGCACGAUUAUCGUGCCACCAAGUCGACUUAUGAAAAGUCUCAUUUCAUCGUGGUGAGAAAGAUUGUCUUGCCAAGUUGCCAUAAAAAGUAAAUUGGGAGAUUUAAUUUAAUGCACGCACCACAUCCAGUUGGGAAGGAAGCUAGGUCCCAGCAUCCCUACCUACAGAUCAACAUCCACUUGUGCGCACGCUGUGGAUAUAAAAUCAGCUCUCGCCAUUUACUUUUUAUUUGUCAACAUGGGGAGAUAACAUAUCUCGCCCUGUUGACACUCAACUUUUCAUAUGUCGACUUGGCGAGAUAACGUAUCUCACCAUGUCGACAUAUAACUUUUUGUAUGUUAUCUUGACAAGAUAACAUAUCUUGCCAUAUUGACAUAAUAAUGCCAUUAUGUCGACUUGGAGAGAUAAAUUAUCUCGCCAUCUCAACAUGUCAAUGGAACUUUAAAGCUUCUGUAUCUCUAUGGUUUGAUAUUAGGAAAGGUGUCUUUCACAUGGCUGUUUAUAAAGGUACAGUUGACUUUGCAAACAACUUUUUAAGUGUAUUUCAUUUGAUAUCAAUUCAAAGGGACAAAUUAUUGUUUGUUUUUUCUUAAACUUGAAAUAUUCAUAUUAGUAUAAUAUAGAUUUAUUAAAUAAUGAUGUAAAUAUGCAUUUUUGGGGAUAACAUUUUAGUCUACCCCCUUUAUAUUUCAUAUUAAGGCUGGAUCAUCAAGAAAUUUGAUUUGCUGUCCAUAUUCACAUUUUUCACAUAGUCAUUUGUAACUCAAUGAAUAACUCUCUGAAACGACUCACAGCUGCCUUGAAGGGCAGCUGGGCCGAUGUUCAAUAGGCAUAUCAAACUUGAUACUGGUAUAUAUAUAUUAAUAUGGCAUAUAUAAUUUGUGCUUGUGUUACAUAUCAUAGAAUGGCUUCCAACACUUAAAUAAAGUGUGAAAUUAAAUUUAUUAUGAGUGCAUCUUUUUUGCAAAGUAUUCAAUAAUGAAGAAAAACGUGUGUGCAGGCUCAUGUGGUGGCCUUAAAAAUAGAUAUUUGUAGGUAAAAUAAUGUAUUUUGAUUCGAAGACAAUUUGUAUUAUUGCCAAAUUAGUGAAUUGCUUUUUUGAUGAGGUCACAAUUACACAGGUUAUACAACUGUGUAAUGUUGUCUUGUGAAUGUCUGCAACUUCAGAUUUUUUCUUUUAGGAGAAGAAAUUGUUUUAUGUUUUAUGUUGAAUUUAUGCUUUGUCUGUACUUUGUCAAUCAAAUUGAAAGCUUUGUAAGCUAUGCUUUUAAUAACA